AUGCGCCCCGUAAUCCCCAAACGCGGCGAAAAAGAGUACGAACCACGGGCAGGCGUAGGCAACGCUUCAAGCCUCCAACAACACGUCCUAGACCGUUCACGCAACGCCAUGUUCGAAACGCUUCGAGCUACACGGACGACGUCCAGCAAAGCCAUAAGCUACGCAAUCUGGCACCCCUCCCUCUCCCGCGCAGAAGUAACCCUCAACCGCGGAAUCCACUUCUCCUCAAUGGGCCAUUCCGCACCACGCACAAUACCCACCACCUCCACCGGUGGUACCCCAAAAGUCCACAAACGCCUCGAACUCCUCCCAGAAGAAGCCAUCUACCUAAUCGAACGCGGGUCUCUCUUCUGCUGGAAAUGGGUAGAGGGUCUGCAAGACCAACUAGCCCAAGACGAAAAACUCGAAAAUGUAGCUGGGGCACCGAUGAGUGUCCAACAGGCUUAUGCGGAGAUGAUUGGGAAGGAGGAUUUGACGUUGGAGAAGUUCCAGGUCUUUGCAUACCUUAGAAGACUAGGCUACGUCGUAACCCGCACGGAACCUCCAACACCCUAUUACCCAGUCCCACCUCCCCUCACCCUCACAUCGUCAAAACCCACCAUCCUCCAACGGAUCCGACGCCUCUUCACCACAUGCCUACGCACCUUCACAAACCUAUUCACACGAUUCAACUGGUGGCACCCCCUCAACUUUAGCUGUCUCAGCAAGAACGACAAGAACUACACCCACAUCUUCCGCUCCCUCCGCUUCAUCCCCUCCGGACAUAGCGUACCCCUCAAAAACACUACCGCACUCCCCCCAUCAAGCCCCUACAAAAUCUUCUACAACAUCUACAAACCCUCUACUCCAUUCAAGAAGAGUAACCCCCCUCCACCGGAUUUCCAGAUGGUCGUUGUCAACGCCCGAACAACACCAAUCCCCACCCUCCAAGAACUAACCUACCUAUUCGACAUCUCACCCGAACUCCCACCUCCAGUCCCCCGACAACGGUACAACCCCCUACAGGGUAAACCGCCCAAGCUCAAGUCUAAACCUGGUUCAUCUUCUCCAAAGGGAUCUUCAGCUCCGGGUGUGGAUUCGAAGGGCUCAGUAACUCCGGGUGUGGAUUCGACAGCCACAGCCACAACCUCAACCUCGCACAAACCCACGCUCUCAAUCGCACAACGCCUCCUCCCGUGGUUCUUCCCCCCACCUCCACCUCAAGCUACGACUACAAGUCAACCCUCCAAACCGAGACCAACCAACCCAUUCAUGGCUCUCAAAUCAGGAAAAAAGAUGGUGCUCAUCGCAGCCGUCGAUUCCGGGAAUAUCAGUUUCUUUAGGUUCAGCCAGGGCAAGUUCGCGGAGUGGCCUAUGGCGUGA